AUGUCAACAUUCUUUAAUCCUUCCGAUGCGCCCAAAGAGGUGAGAGACGAAGGGACUCCGGUUCUGAAUGCGAGUUCCACCGCAAAUGGAGCCACGCCUGCGAGUCUUGCUCCCAACAUUGUCUUCUCGUCUGAGUCGGACCCCUUUGCUCGAAAUGAGUCUUCACCAAAGCCGCCCAGUGACAUCGAAAGCACCCUUGUCGGAGGUUCCACCCGGGGUCCCUCGCCCAUCGACCACAUGGCUCAAAAGACAGUCUUCGAGGGUCAUGAUUCACACGCACCGUUGAAUGAGAAUGUCGCUAAAGAACUUGAUGAAAAAGACGCAGCGGCUGUCCCCGUCAACGGGGAAGAGGAGAAAUGCUCGAGCGAUAGUGAUGCGGAGAACAAGGACGAGGAGACUGAGUCCGAAUAUCCCACCGCGUGGAAAUUGAUCUUGAUCUCGAUUGCCCUGUGUCUCUGCGUGUUCUGUGUGGCAUUGGAUAACACAAUCAUUGCCACCGCUAUUCCCAAAAUCACAGACGAGUUCAAUUCACUCAAUGAUGUGGGAUGGUAUGGAAGCGCUUACUUGCUCACGACUUGCGCCGUGACUCUGAUAUUUGGCAAGUUGUAUACCUUUUACUCGGUGAAAUGGAUCUACCUCAUCGCCCUGUCCAUCUUCGAGGUUGGCUCUCUGGUCUGCGGUGUGACCCCGAGUUCGGUGGGCUUGAUCUGUGGUCGAGCCAUUGCUGGUCUCGGUGCGGCUGGCCUGUUCUCGGGCUCAGUCUUGAUCAUCACGCAGAGUGUGCCCCUGGUGAAGCGUCCCGUAUACACAGGAGUCUUGGGCGCGAUGUUUGGUGUUGCUAGCGUGGCAGGCCCUCUCAUGGGAGGAGCGUUCACAGAUAGACUGACUUGGCGCUGGUGUUUCUAUAUCAACCUGCCUAUCGGGGGUGUCACAUUCUUCUUCGUGUUUUUCUUCUUCCAGGGGAAUAAGGCGUUGAAGGCUACCAUGGGCUGGAAAGAGCAGCUUGCGGAACUUGACCUCAUUGGCUCCAUCUUUUUCUUGCCCGCGAUCAUCUGUCUGUUGCUCGCAUUGCAGUGGGGUGGUGUCAAAUAUGCCUGGGGUAGUGGACGAAUUAUUGCGUUGUUUGUUGUCUUUGGAGUCUUGACCAUCAUCUUCGCGGUCAUCCAGUGGCGUGGGCAAGAUCGUGCCACCGUUCCUCCUCGACUGAUCAAGAAUCGAAAUGUCUGGGGUGCCGCAUGGUAUGCGCUGGCAAUCGGUGCAGGAUACUUUGUGUUGGUCUACUAUCUCCCCAUCUGGUUCCAAGCGAUCAAGGGCGCUACUGCUGUCAAAUCGGGGAUCAUGAACUUGCCCACGAUCAUUACCGUGGUGCUGGUGUCGAUCCUUGCCGGUGGACUGGUCACGGCCUGUGGAUACUAUACUCCCUUUAUGAUCGCUUCUUCGAUCGUCAUGACCAUCGGUGCGGGUCUGCUGUCUACCCUCGAAGUUGACUCGGGUCACCCCAAAUGGAUCGGGUACCAAGCACUCUUCGGUAUCGGUUUGGGUCUGGGGAUGCAACAACCCAUGAUUGUCGUGCAAACCGCCCUCAAGCCCGCCGACGUUCCAAGCGGGACGGCUCUUAUCAUGUUUGCUCAGACUUUGGGCGGAGCCAUCUUCAUCUCCGUGGCUCAGAACAUCUUUCAGAACCAACUGCUGCACUAUUUGCAGGUGGACGCUCCCGAUGCGAAUGCCGCCCAGCUCGUGGCGGCCGGUGCAACCAUGAUUCGAAAACUGGUUUCCGGCACUCUAUUGCAGCAAGUCCUGGUUGCAUAUAACGAUGCGCUCACACAGACAUUCUACGUGGCUGUGGCAAUGGGCGCGCUCUCGCUAAUCGGGCCCUUGUUUGUCGAGUGGCUCUCGGUCAAGGGCAAGAAGAUUGAAACCCCUGCUGUUUGA